GCUGGGGCGGGGCCAGGGCUGGGGAGAGUCCUAAUAUAGAGCCGGCGCUGCGGGAGAGCAGGGCAGCGCGGAGACUGGAGCUCUAGAGCCCGGCAGAGCCUAAGAGUGUCUGCUAGUCCCGCUGUCCCGGCCUCGCGCCGCUCCGGCCAUAGCCGCACCGAGCCACUGUCUAGAGCCCCAGCCUCGCCACCAUGAGAGUCCUGCCGGUGUGCCUGCUCCUCUGUGCCUUGGUCGUGAGGGACUCCAAAGGCAGCCAUGAACUUCAUCAAAUGUCUGGUGCAUCGAACUGUGGCUGUCUGAAUGGAGGAAAAUGUGUGUCCUACAAGUACUUCUCCAACAUUCAGCGAUGCAGCUGCCCAAAGAAAUUCCAAGGGGAACACUGUGAGAUAGAUACAUCGAAAACGUGCUAUGAGGGGAAUGGUCACUCUUACCGAGGGAAGGCCCACACUGAUAUCAUGGGCCGGCCCUGUCUCGCCUGGAACUCUGUCACCGUCCUUCUGAAAACGUACCAUGCCCACAGAACUGAUGCCCUGCAGCUGGGCCUGGGGAAACACAAUUAUUGCAGGAACCCAGACAACCGGAGAAGGCCCUGGUGCUAUGUGCAGGUUGGCCUAAAGCAGCUUGUCCAGGAGUGCAUGGUGCACGACUGCUCUUUUGGAAAAAGUCCCUUCUCUCCUCCAGAAAAAGGAGACUUUCAGUGUGGCCAGAAGGCUCUGAGGCCCCGCUUUAAGAUUGUUGGGGGCGAAUUCACCACCAUCGAGAACCAGCCUUGGUUUGCAGCCAUCUACAGGAGGCACCGCAGCGGCUCUGUCACCUACGUGUGCGGUGGCAGCCUCAUCAGCCCCUGCUGGGUGGUCAGCGCCACCCACUGCUUCAUUAAUCACCAGGAGAAGGAGGACUACAUUGUCUACCUGGGUCGGUCAAACCUCAACUCCAGAACGCCUGGGGAGAUGAAGUUUGAGGUGGAAAAGCUCAUCCUGCAUGAGGACUACAGUGAAGAUACCCUUGCUCACCACAAUGAUAUUGCCUUGCUGAAGAUCCGUUCCAACACGGGCCAGUGUGCGCAGCCAUCCCGGUCCAUACAGACCAUCUGCCUGCCGCCAGAGAGCGGUGAUGCCCGUUUUGGCACAAGCUGUGAGAUCACUGGCUUUGGAAAAGAGAGUUCCUCUGACUAUCGCUAUCCAGAGCAGCUGAAAAUGACUGUUGUGAAGCUGGUCUCCCACCAGCAGUGUCAGCAGCCCCACUACUACGGCUCUGAAGUCACCACCAAAAUGCUUUGUGCCGCUGACCCACAGUGGAAAACUGAUUCCUGCCAGGGAGAUUCGGGGGGCCCAAUGGUCUGCUCCAUCCAAGGCCGCCUGACUCUGACGGGGAUUGUGAGCUGGGGCCGAGAUUGUGCCAUGAAGGACAAGCCUGGCGUUUACACCAGGGUCUCAAGCUUCCUGCCUUGGAUCCACACUCAUACCGGGGGAGAGACUGGCCUAGCCCUCUGAGGGCCCCCAGAGAGCCAAGGGAGGAGAGGGGCGCCGCCCACUCCUAUGCUGACCGUCAUUUUUGCAGUAGGGCCACCUGCACCAGCUAUGUAUAAGGAAGAAACUGCGGAAGAUGGGCUCUGCUGAGAUGGUUUUGUUUGUGCUGCCCACUGGGGUGAACGACAAUAGCUUUACCCUCAGAUACGGGCCUGGGUGCUGGGUGCCCAGAUCCUCCCCCUCCGGCCAGGACGGAAGGGUGGUCCUGAACCAGGAUGGUACUGUCGUCUUCGGAACAAAAACCUGGAGUUAAAAAUGGCACCUCCUGUGCAUAGGUGGAAGGAGAGCCAGCUCCCCACUGUUGGGAAAUGAAUUAUUUCCCAAUUAGGAAGUGUAACGGAACUGAGGUCUCUUGAGAGAGCUUGGCCAAUGUGGGCACAGUGGCUUAGAGAAGAGAGACCCUGAUGACUCGAGGGAAGGGUUCUAACAUUCCACGACUGUAUCAGGGCACGUUAUACAUGCAUGUGUGUGUUUGCACACUUGUGCACAGGAUGUGUCAGUGUAAGAGUUGGUGUUCUGUAUCUGACUACAAGUCUAGAUAUGUC